UCCACCAGCAUCCCAAGAAAUGUCAACGCGACAAUUCUUACAAACCUAAUAUUAUGUACUUGUUAAAGUUUACAUGUUGUUUAAGUUUCUUGUUUGUUGUUUUUAUGCGAAAUAUUGAUGGCCUCAAACAUAUUGAAGCAAAUCCAGAUGCGAAACGCUUAUAUGAUGACCUCCUAAGUAAUUACAAUCGACUCAUCAGACCUGUGGAAAAUCACACACAAACUUUAACAGUUUGGUUGGGAUUAAAAAUUUCCCAGUUGAUUGAAAUGAAUUUGAAAAAUCAGAUAAUGACAACGAAUUUGUGGGUGGUGCAGAGAUGGUUCGAUUAUAAGUUAAAAUGGGAUCCUGAGGAGUACGGAGGUGUGGAGAUGUUGUACGUACCAUCGGAACACAUUUGGUUACCAGAUAUAGUACUUUUCAACAAUGCUGAUGGUAACUACGAAGUGACUCUGAUGACCAAAGCCACGCUUUCUUACACCGGGGAAGUCAUCUGGAAGCCUCCUUCAAUAUACAAGUCUUCCUGCGAAAUAAACGUCCAAUAUUUUCCCUUUGACGAGCAAAGUUGUCUCAUGAAGUUUGGUUCCUGGACGUAUAACGGCUUCCAAGUCGAUUUGAAACACAUGGAACAGGUUCCUGGUUCCAAUAUAGUCAACGUCGGGAUUGACUUAUCGGAGUUUUACCUUUCCGUCGAAUGGGACAUUCUUGCAGUACCAGCAACUCGUAACGAAGAGUAUUACCCUUGUUGCAGUGAACCUUACUCCGAUAUCACUUUCAAGAUUACAAUGCGACGCAAAACCCUCUUCUACACCGUCAAUUUGAUCAUCCCUUGUGUCGGAAUAACAUUUCUUACGGUACUAGUUUUCUACCUCCCGUCUGACUCGGGCGAAAAAGUCUCACUUUGCGUCUCAAUUCUCCUCUCCUUGACUGUCUUCUUCCUCUUAUUGGCUGAAAUCAUCCCUCCAACAUCCCUUGCGGUCCCCCUUCUGGGGAAGUACCUCCUUUUUACCAUGAUUCUAGUCACGUCUUCCAUUUGGGUCACUGUGUGUGUCCUCAAUGUCCAUUUUCGGUCACCUUCCACCCAUAAAAUGUCACCCAUGGUGCGCAAAAUCUUUCUUCAGUUUAUGCCAAAGCUGUUGAUUAUGCGAAGGACCACUUACACUCUUCCCGAGUACGAUGACAAUCUCCCACCAAGGGGCUACACCAACGAAAUGGAAUUGCAAUUGAACAUGAGGGACCCGUUCAACACCGAUUUCAAGAUCACAACACGGGAACCAAGCUUCGUUUUGCAAAAUCCCGACGACGACAGCAAAAUGAAAGCACAUUCGUCGAGUAUGACUGGUUCCUCGAAUAUGACCCCACGGACGCUCUCAGCCAACGUUCUUUCGGCUCUACAGGGUGUUCGAUUUAUCGCACAACACAUCAGUGACGCUGACAAAGACAACGAGAUUGUUGAGGAUUGGAAAUUCGUUUCAAUGGUUCUUGACCGGUUCUUUUUAUGGGUUUUCACGCUAGCGUGUAUUGGGGGCACGUGCGGGAUCAUCUUCCAGGCGCCGUCUUUGUACGACACCAGGAUCCCAGUAGACAGAGGAGCUUUGAGAUUGUAAAAAUCAAACUCAAUAACACCAAAGUCUUGCACUUUUUUUAUUCACGCUUAAAAAUCAAAUAAUAACAAUAAUAUCUGUUCCAAAUUGCAAGAAAUUAGACAACGAUUAAUUGUUGCUAAACCACUAGUCACAGCAAUUUGAAACAACUAAUAAAAACACUACAUAUACUCUAAAAACGUAAAAUAGGACUAUCUAUUGUUAAAAUUUGUUUAUAUAUUUUGUUGGAGUGUAUUGCUGGUCUUGAAUGAGUUUAGAAGAAAUUGUUGAAGAAUUGAAAUUGUUCGCGGAUUUUUUUGAACUGGUUUCAUUAUAAUCCACAGAUUUUUAAUUAAAAAGAUUUUUUCCAAGUCCCAAAAUUAUAAAACCUAAAAAUUUUGUGACAAAUCUCGAAUUUAAAUUCGUUAAAUUUUAUUCAAAAUUCUAAUAUGUAAACCAAAAAUUACCACUUCUAAACCCAGAAUUUAUUUCCUAAAACAGCCAAUAGUUGCAAUUCAGGCUUGAAAAUUUGAAAAUUUGGAAUUUUAACUUGUAAAACUUUGAUUUAAAAUUAUGAUAUUAUUAUGUAAAAUCAUCACUUGGAAUACUAGCUUGUAACAUAAAAAAUGGAUAAACUCUAAAUCAUUAAUUAAAAUUAGGUAAUCAUUUGUUUUCUGAAACGACCAUUAAUUACUUGUGAACUGGUAACUUUUAAUUUUAAUCACAACCCAAAAUUGCUGUCCAAAUAACUUUGGCUUGUAAAUUGUAAAAUUCCUACUUUAUAUAUUUUAGGUAUAUGGUUGUACCUAUAUGCUUGUAAAACUGAAAAUUUUCAGUUGCAAACCCCAAAUUUAGAAUAAAUACCAAAAAUGUAUUUCUUAAAACAGCCAAAAGUUGCAAUUCAGGCUUGUAAAUCCCGAAAUUCUCUUGUAAAUUUGGAAUUUUAGCUUGUAAAAUCGUACUUUCGACUUGCCAACUUAUUAUUUCGCUUAAAACUUUAAUUUUUGUUUAUAAUACUGAUUUAUAUUUUCGAAAUUUAAAAUUUAUUUAAAAAAAUUAACUUGUAAAAUCGUAACGCGGAAUUUUAGCUUGUGACGCUCCAAAUAUCAAGACAUCAAAAAUUUAUUUUUUAAAAAUUUUAUUUGUGAAACUUUUUUUUGACAACCCAAAAUUUCUGUUUAGUAAUCCUUAAUCACACUUGUAACCUUGUAAAUCAGCUUAAAUUUAUAAUUUUAACUUGUAAAACGGGCAAUAUUAAAUUGAUAAUUGGUAAUUCUAAAAUGAUUCAGUAGUUUUGGCUUGUAAAAUUUAGUUAUUUUAUUUAAUAUUUAAGCUUGUAAAACUCCAAAUUUCUAGUUACAAACCUAAAAUUCCUAUUUAUUCGAUAAUCUUAAAUCUUGUAAUACCAAUUGAUAGAUUUAAAAUCUUAUUUAUAAACUCAUAUUUAAAGCUAAUUUUUUAAGUUUAGCUAGUAAUUAGUUAAUUAUGUCCUGUAAACCGCAAAAUGUAAUUAUUCCGAGUUGUAAACUUGUAAUACCAUUUGCACUUUCGAUUUCCAAGAUUGAAUUUAAAGUUGAGUUAAUAAUUUAGCUUGUAAAAGAAAAACCCGGAAUUCAGCUUCUAAUACAAAUUAUAAACUCAAAAUUUUCAAUAAAAAAAUGCUAGCUUGUAAUAACUUACGUCGUCAGAAAAUUUGAACUGUUGACUAAACAACAAGAUAAUUUCAUCUCCUCAAUACCAUUGAAUAACAUCGAAAAGGAAUGAAUAAAAGCAAUAAAACCCAAAUUUCUGAUAAAUUUUUGCGAAUUUUUCGUUACCUUGAAUUCAGAAUUCUAGCUCUAGCUUGUAAAUCGAAAAUUACCACUUGUAAACCCUUGUAAAGCCUUGUAAAACUCGGAAUUUCCACUUGAAAAUUUGGAAUUUUAACUUGUAAAACUUCGAUUUAAAAUUAUAUUGAUUUAUAAUCACGAAAUUCUGAACUAAACUUGUAAAAUCAUCACUAGGAAUACUAGCUUGUAACACAAAAAUCUACUGGUAAACUCUAUAUCUUCAAAUUAAAAUCAAUAAUUUGUUUUUUGAAACGACCAAUAUAACUUGUAAACUGGUAACUUUGAAUUUUAUUCACAACUGUGACUUGUAAAAGUUUAAAUUUUCUGAUAACCCAAAAUUGCUGUCUAAUAAUCCUCAAUAGCACUUGUAAACUUGUAAUUCAAACUAUAUUCAUAAUUUUGACUUGGAAAAUGGGCAAUAUAAAAUUGAUGACUGGUAAUUUUUAAAUGAUUCGGUAACUUUGGCUUGUAAAUUGUAAAAUUCCCACUAUAUAUUUUAUAUGGUACCUAUAUGUUUGUGAAACUGAAAAUUUCCAGUUGCAAACCCCGAAUAAAUACCAAGAAUUUAUUUCUUAAAGCAGCCAAUAGUUGCAAUUCAGGCUUGUAAAACUCGGAAUUCCCACUUGAAAAUUAGGAAUUUUAACUUGUAAAACUUCGAUUUAAAAUUACAUUGAUUUAUAGUCACAAAAUUCUGAAUUAAAUUAAAAAAUCUAACUUGUAAAAUCAUCACUAUACUAGCUUGUAACACAAAAAAUUGAUAAACUCUAAAUCUUCAAAUUAAAAUCAAUAAAUUUAGUAGUAAAAUGAAACGAGGUAACUUUAAGGCUCUAGGGUACCGAAUGAACUGUUCAGAUUUGGUGUAAGUUCAUUAUUCUCUUAUUGAUUUUGGACUAAUUGAAUAAUUUGGAAAUGGAAUGGAAUAAUUUUUUGACAAUAAUGUCACUUUGACAAAUGAGUUUUCGCAAGUUAAAGAAAAAAAAGUGUGGGAAAAACAUAAUUUUGAUAA